AUGAAUACUACUUAUCCCUGCCCAAGUGGUUAUUACGCAGAUAGUAUAAAUUCAUCUUUAUGUACUCAAUGCCCAGCUGGUAGUAUGUGCUCGAACCCAGCGGCUUCACCUGUUAGUUGCCUAAGCGGUCAAUAUAGCAGCGCUGGAUCAAUAACUUGUGAGCUAUGUCCAGAUGGUUAUAACUGUACAUCGACCUCAGCAGUAUCUCUAUGCGACCCUGGAUAUUAUUCAACUUUAGGCGAGGCAGGUUGUACUGCUUGUCCUCUUGGUAAUUAUUGUCCAUCAUCUGGAAUGAAUUUUACUAUACCCUGCCCAAGUGGUUAUUACGCAGAUAGUACAAGUUCAUCUUCAUGUACUCAAUGCCCAGCUGGUAGUGCGUGCUCGAACCCAGCGGCUUCACCUGUUAGUUGCCCAAGCGGUCAAUAUAGCAGUGACGGAUCAAUAACUUGUGAACUAUGUCCAGCUGGUUAUAACUGUACAUUAACUUCAGUAAUAUCUCUAUGCGACCCUGGAUAUUAUUCAACUUUAGGCGAGGCAGGUUGUACAGCUUGUCCUCUUGGUAAUUAUUGUCCAUCAUCUGGAAUGAAUUUUACUAUACCCUGCCCAAGCGGUUAUUACGCAGAUAGUACAAGUUCUACUUCAUGUACUCAAUGCCCAGCUGGUAGUGCGUGCUCGAACUCAGCGGCUUCACCUGUUGGUUGCCCAAGCGGUCAAUAUAGUAGUGACGGAUCAGUAACUUGUGAACUAUGUCCAGCUGGUUAUAACUGUACAUUAACUUCAGUAAUAUCUCUAUGCGACCCUGGAUAUUAUUCAACUUUAGGCGAGGCAGGUUGUACAGCUUGUCCUCUUGGUAAUUAUUGUCCAUCAUCUGGAAUGAAUUUUACUAUACCAUGCUCAAGUGGUUACUAUGCGGAUACAGUCGGUUCUAGUAACUGUACAGUCUGUCCAGCAGGAAGUAAAUGUCCUGAUCCUACUGUUGCUCCUGUACCAUGUAAUAGUGGAUAUUACAGCUUGGAUAGCUUUGAUGUUUGUGUAUUAUGUCCAUCCGGUUAUGAAUGUACAACCACAAGUUCAGCGCCUGUUCAAUGCUUACCUGGAACUUAUGCAGUUAAUGGAUCUACUGCAUGUGCGGGCUGUAGUGCUGGCUACUAUUGCCCUGUCAGUGGUAUUUCUGAACAAUUACCAUGUGCAAGUGGAACUUAUGCAAACACCACCAAUCUAUUAAACUGUACCUCAUGCCCUUCUGGCUACAAAUGUCCAGAUGUGGCAUUAACACCUGUAGAAUGUGGCGCUGGAUUCUAUAGUAGUAGCGGCUCAAUAAGUUGUACAUCUUGCCCAGAAGGGUAUAAAUGUGGUGAUACUAUAACUAUUACACCGGUGCAAUGCAGCUCUGGAGAAUACGCUCCUGUUGGAUCGUCUACCUGUCAUACUUGUCCAGCGGGUUCAUAUUGUCCUGAUCCACCACGUGCAGCUCCAAUUGCCUGCCCUUCUGGCUGGUAUCAAACAUCAACUGGACAAACUGCUUGCAGUGAAUGUAAUGCUGGAUCUCAAUGUCCUAAUGCAACGCAAGCUCCUGACCCUUGUGCAGCUGGUUAUUUUUCUCCUAUUGCCGGUGCAACUAAUUGCCAAGAAUGUCCAAAAGGCACCUACAAUAAAAAUACACAACAACUGUCCUGUAAUGAAUGUCCGGUGGGAUCAAGAUGUCCUUUCAAAGAUUUAGAUCCAAUUGCAUGUGGGACUGGUCAGUAUUCUCCCAAAAAUUCUGAAGUAUGCUUAAGUUGUCCAGCUGGUGUUGCAUGUAGUGCUUCAUCGUCAACUCCAACACCGUGCAACCAGGGUCAAUAUUCCAAUUCUACACAUUGUGUCGAUUGUCCAACAGGAAAUUAUUGUCCUUCUCCUAGUGGUAGCCCGGUUACAUGCGCUGAUGGUACAUACGCAGAUACAACUGGUAAUGUCCAAUGUACAGCUUGCCCAGCUGGGUAUUCUUGCUUAGAUGUAUCAAGUGCACCAGUUCAGUGUACAGCUGGUUACUACAGCUUAACGGCUACUCGCGAUUGUACUCAAUGCCCAACUGGCCAAUACAGCUCAGAUGGAGCAAGUUCAUGUCAAUUUUGCCCUGCUGGAAAAUACUGUAUCAAUGGUACAACAUCAAUUUCACCUACUGACUGCCCUACUGGUACUUAUUCACCUGAUGGUGUCGGCUACUGUUCUCCUUGCGCUUUAGGAACAUAUUCAAGUGGUACUGGAGCUCACUUUUGUUCGAUAUGCCCACUGGGUUUUCAAUGUAUCAACGUCGAUCAAACACCAUCCGCUUGCUACCCUGGAGAAUGGAGCGCUGAGGGCGAAUAUCUAUGUGCACCGUGUCCAGCAGGUCAUCGAUGCCCAACUUCUGAUAAGCCUCCUAUACCUUGUGCAUCUGGAACAUAUUCUCCACUAAAUGCCACUUCAUGUACAGACUGCCCAGCUGGCCAUUCAUGCGUAACCCCUAGUAAUCUACCUGAAGCUUGUACUUCUACUCAAUAUAGUGCAAUUGGAUCUGCGAUUUGCAGUCCAUGCCCAGCUGGCAAAUAUUGUAGCAAUGUUGCUGCAUUUGAUUGUAACUCAGGCGAAUAUUCAUUACUUGACGAAAUGAAUUGUACAAUUUGCCCUUCAGGAUACUCAUGCGCUAGUAAAGAUUUAGCCCCGGUACAGUGUAAUUUAGGUCAAACGACUGGAGGAUUACAAGGCCAAGUAACUUGUACCGAUUGUACUACUGGCUACUAUUGUGCAGAUCCAACAUUGGCGCAACAACCUUGCCCCUCCGGUUAUUACAGCGCUGCCAAAGCACCUAACUGUACUGAAUGCCCUGCAGGUUAUUACUGUACUGAUGCUACUGCUCCACCUCUUCCAUGUCAACCUGGAUCAUACAGUAUCUUUCCGAGAACAUCGUGCACUCAGUGUCCUGCUGGUUAUGCUUGCGCAUCGACGUCUGAUAUCUCAUUAGUUACUGAAUGUCAACCGGGCACUUAUGCUGACGGCAAUGAUACUUUUUGUACACAUUGCCCUGCAGGAAAAUAUUGUCCAAAUACUGCACAAGCUCUAGAAAUUGAUUGUACUGCUGGAUCUUAUAGUACAGGAAGCCAACAAUACUGUACAGAAUGUCCAGGUGGCUGGCAAUGUCCAAAUGUUUUUGGAACUGCCAAUGCGAAAUGUCUUCCCGGUUAUUAUGCCCCUGGAAAUGCAACUGCUUGCACACAAUGUCCUGCUACUUAUGCCUGCCCUUACACAGAAACUAAUAUGACUUUAACUUGCCAACCAGGUACAUAUUCAGCAGUGGGACAACAGAGUUGUUCAGUUUGCCCUCCAGGUUAUCAGUGUCCAAAUACUGAUGGAACAAGUAUUACUAUAUGUGCUGCCGGUACCUAUAGUGUUGGAAAUCAAGCUGCCUGUACUCCUUGCCCGGCUGGUUUUGCUUGUCCAAACUUUUUUGAUAACUUUGUUAUACAAUGUCCUGUAGGUACUUACUCAGUUGGUAAUCAACCAUCGUGUUUACCUUGUCCACCAGGCUCUUCAUGUCAAAAUACUAGCACAGCUCCAGUUGCAUGUGCUGCCGGAACUUACUCACUAGAUUACGAUACAGGAUGUUAUCCUUGUCCAGCUGGCUCAUCCUGUAAUGAUCCAACACAAAGACCUGUAUUAUGUCCUGCGCUAAAAUAUAGUAAUCAUUCUGCUACACAAUGCAUAGAUUGCGAUCUUGGUUACUUGUGCCUUGAAGGAAGUAAUAAUCCUAGACCUACUAACAACAUUUGUCCACUUGGUUAUUAUUGCGAAAUUAAUGUUGCGGGUAUACAAGUUAAAGUUCCUUGCCCUGCUAAUACCUACGGUAAUCAUUCAGGUCAAACAUUAGUCGGCCAAUGUGUCACAUGUCCUGCUGGCUAUUUCUGUCCAGCUGCUACCCCUGGUGUUCCUACGUAUCACCUCAUUUGUCCUCGCGGUUACUACUGUCCCGCCGGUAGCGGUAAGCAGUUGUGUCCUGAUGGAACUUAUGGCGAUAGUCUUGGACUUCAAGCUUCUAGCGAAUGUAAAGACUGUCCUGCUGGUAGAUACUGUAAAGCUGGAUCACGCUACCCUGGACUCCCAUGUCCAAAAGGAAGUUAUUGUCCAGCCAAAACAGGCGCAACUCCUAAUCAAUGCAAUAGUGGUACAUAUACAGAACAAGAAGGAAGUACAUCGAUUGCCGAAUGUAAAACAUGUCCAACUGGUCACUACUGUACUCAAGGUACAGAUUCACCAACCCCCUGCAAGGCGGGAUCAUUUAAUGCUUGGGUAGGUCAGGGAGCAGAAUCGGAUUGUCAGUCUUGUCUGGCUGGACAAGCUUGUCCAAUUGCUGGUUUAGUUCGCCCUACAUUAGGCUGUUAUCCUGGCUACUAUUGUCCAGCUGGAUCUAUCUUACCCAAUGAUACGCGUUACGCAUGUCCAGCUGGUACUUACUCUAAUUAUAACAAUUUAACAGCAUGGCAACAAUGUCUACCGUGCCCUGCCGGUCAAGCCUGCCCUAAAGGUACAGGUGGUCGACAGAAACCUCCUGAGCCAUGUGCACCUGGCCAUUACUGCCAACAAGGAACACAAUUUGCAUCGCAGUUUGCAUGCCCUGCUGGUACAUAUGCCAACUUAACAAAUUUGAAAGCUGCUGCCGAUUGCUACGUAUGCCCAAGUGGUUGGUAUUGUUCACCUGGUUCAGCAACGCCCACCGCGUUAUGCUAUCCUGGUCAUUACUGUCCAGCCGGUACAAAAUUAGCUGUUGAUAAUCCAUGUCCAGCUGGUACAUAUUCUGAAAGUUAUGGCAAUUCUCGUAUUGAAGCUUGCAAACGAUGCUUGCCUGGACACUAUUGUCCUGCUGGAUCCAGUACAACGACACCUUGCCCUCAAGGAAGAUAUUCUAAAAAGUAUAGCAAUGGAAAAUUAGAAGACUGUGAUGUUUGUAUAGCAGGUUAUUCAUGUGGAGGUACAGGAAAUGUUGAUCCUAAAGAGUGUGGCAAAGGUAACUAUUCAGACAGUGGAGCAUGGAUUUGCUCACCUUGCAAAUCAGGCCAUUACUGUAACUCCAAUCAUACUUCUCAAAGUGAUAUGCUUACUAAAUUGAUUUGUGGUGCGGGAAUGUGGUGCAAAGAAGGACGAUCAACAGCACCAAAUUUAGUUGAUGACGCUUGUCCAUCUGGGUAUUACUGUGUUACUGGAGAUAAAGCUGGUGACCCGUUGCCAUGUCCUAAUGGAACUUACAAUCCUGUAACAGGUAGAAAAGCUCUUAGCGAUUGCGUUACCUGUCCUCCUGGCAAGUAUUGUUCACCUCCUGGUCUAUCUCAACCAGCUGGUGAUUGUUCUCGUGGCCAUUACUGCCCAGCUGCUAGUUGGGUACCAACGCAAAUACCAUGCCCAAGAGGAUUUUACUUAAAUUUAACUGGCGCUGCUAAUAUUGAUGCAUGCACUGUUUGUUUAUCUGGAGGCUACUGUGAUAAACCAGGUCUAGAAUUACCUGUGAUAUGUCCGAAAGGGCACUUCUGUGAAACAGGUGUUACUGCUCCCCAACCAUGUUAUAUUGGUACCUAUGGACCUGUAGAAGGUAUUAAACGUAGUCAAGAUUGCUCACCUUGUUCGGGAGGUUAUUACUGUGAAGGAUUUGGAUUAUCAAAACCAACAGAUAUUUGUGACGCUGGUUUCUACUGCAGAGAAAAAGCAUACACUUCAGCACCUCCAGAUGGACCAACUGGUGGUUUAUGUCCAGCAGGUGGUUAUUGUCCAGCUGGAACACCAGUGCCGCAAAAUUGUCCAGUUGGUACUUACAGUAAUUCUAGUGGUUCAAAAGAUCCUCGCGAUUGUUUCGAUUGUGAUCCUGGCUAUUAUUGUGCCGGCGAUAAUAAUCCUCAUCCAACAGGUCCUUGUGAAGCUGGUUUCUAUUGCACAGGUAAAGCUGCUAAACCAACACAACAUGAUACGCCAGCUGGUCAUUAUACUAAGGCUGCAGCUACACAUCCUGAACCAUGUGCAUCUGGCUCAUUCCAGCAUUCAAACAAUUCUGAGCACUGUAUUAUAUGUCCGAUGAGGCAUUACUGUAAUGGCACUGGCCUGACAGUAAUGAAAAUAUGCGAUCCUGGCCACUAUUGUCCGUACAAUAGUUCACUUCCCACACCUUGCCCGAAUGGAACUUACGCUACUAGUACUGGUAACGCUUUCGUCACAGAAUGCGAUCUAUGUGAUGCUGGAAAGUAUUGUGGAUCAUGGGGAUUGGCAUUACCUUCAGGUGCUUGUGCUGCUGGGUUUUAUUGCUUAUUAGGUUCAGCAACUCCAAUUCCGGGCAAUAGUGGAACUGAUACAGAAGUUGGAGGAGUAUGUCCAGCUGGUCACUUCUGUCCUGAAGGCACAAAGACUAAAUUUGAAAAUCCUUGCGGUAAUGGAACCUAUAAUAAUGUCACUCAACGAACAUCUAUAGAUGAUUGUUUAGCUUGUCCACCUGGUAAAGCUUGUACAGCUCCUGGACUUGCAUAUCCAAAUGAAGACUGUGCUCCAGGUUAUUACUGUAUAGCAAGAGCAAAUACUACUAAACCGAUCGAUGGAGUAACAGGAUCAUUUUGUACUGAAGGCCAUUAUUGCCCUGGAGGUUCAUCUGCACCUUUACGUUGUCUGGAUGGAACUUACAAUAAUGUAACACAUCAAUCUACAUGCUUUACAUGUCCUGCUGGAUACUUCUGCGAUGGUUCUAUCUUGCCACAAGUCUGUCCUAGAGGAAGGUACUGUCCCGCGGGUACAGGAGCUAAUUCUCCAUUGUGUCCUCCUGGUACGUACAAUUCGGAGUACGGACUAAAAUCUGUAGAUGAAUGUUUACCAUGUCAAGCUGGUUGGUAUUGUGCUGGUUAUGGUAUUAUCGACUUUUUUAUUGCCAAUCAAAGUAUAGGAUUGUGCGAUGCUGGCUUUUAUUGUGUCAGUGGUGUUAACGUUAGUAAACCGGUAUCUGGAGCACAUACCGGUAUUGGAGGUGUAUGUCCUCCAGGAUAUUACUGUCCAGCAGGAACUAGUGUACCUAAAGGUUGUCCUCCUGGAACCUAUUCUGCUAAUUCUCAAUUAGAGCAUGCCGAUAAUUGUACACAGUGUGAGUAUGGAAAGUAUUGUUCAGGUUACAACUCGACAGAACCUGUCGGUCCUUGCGAUCCUGGCUUUUACUGUUUGAGAGGAUCCACAACGCCAAAUCCGCCAACUGUUACAGAAAUUGGUGGUCCUUGCCCGGUUGGUCGUUAUUGUGAAUCUGGGACAUCAUAUCCUAAACCUUGUAAUGCUGGAUCUUAUAAUAACAUCAGUGGACAGGCUAUUUGUUUUGCAUGUCCCAGUAGCUUCUACUGUCCGGAAAAUUCAACAACAUAUUCUAGCAAUAUCUGUCCUAUUGGCCAUUACUGUCCAACUGGUACAAAAUAUGCAACCGAAUAUCCAUGUCCUCGAGGCUACUUUAGAAAUGUUACAGCCGGUCAUUCAGUUAGUGAUUGUUACGCUUGUCCUGGUGGCUGGUAUUGUAACGGUGAGGGACUUAUUAGUGCUACCGGUAAAUGUGACGCUGGAUACUUUUGUAGUCUAGCCGCUUGGUCGCCAAAGCCAACAGAUUUCAAUGUUAGUGAAAGUUGCAAUGGAUGCUUAUGCCCAACAAAUGUUACUGGUGGAUUAUGUCCUGCUGGUUACUACUGUCCAUUUGGUUCACCCGAGCCGAUACCUUGCCCUGGGGGUUACUUCUGUUUAGAUAACGGUCUUACCAAUUACACUGGCUUAUGUAGUGCAGGAUAUUACUGCAGCAGUGCCGCAAAGAUACCCAAUCCAACAGAUGGUACAACUGGAGAUAGAUGCCCGGCAGGUCAUUACUGUCUAUCGGGAACUAGCGUACCUAAACCUUGCCCUGCUGGCACCUUUUCAAAUUCAUUGGGAAAUACAGCAUUAUCUGAUUGUCAAUCGUGUACUAAAGGAUAUUAUUGCAAUACAACUGCUCUUACUACACCUAGUGGGCAAUGCCGUGCAGGUUAUUACUGUCCUGCAGGACAAUCUAUCGAUAAUCCAUUCCCAUGCCCACCAGGUAAUUAUUGCCUCGCAGGUUCAUUUGAAGGUAGCGCUUGUCCACCUGGGCAGUAUCAAAAUUUACCUGGCCAGUCUGCCUGUAAACCAUGCGUAGCAGGCUAUUAUUGUGAUCCUCAAUAUCCGUUAGAUGAUUAUUCUCCUUACAAAUGUCCUGCUGGUUUUUACUGUCCACAAAGUACUCCUUAUGGAAAUCGUUACAGUUGUCCGAAUGGUACAUAUUCUGCUUCCCAGCAAUUAACGCAACCGGAAGAUUGUACUCCAUGUGAUCCUGGUAAAUAUUGCAACGGAAUUGGACGAACCAGUCCCAAUGCUAACUGCAAUGCUGGCUUUUACUGUAGCGGAGGGGCAUUCACUCCGUCACCUAACGAUGGUACUACUGGAUAUUCAUGUCCAAUAGGUCAUUAUUGUCCUACCGGUGCCACCAUACCAUUGAAAUGUUCAGCUGGUACAUUCUCCAAUGUUACUGGCCUGAAGAAUGCUUUAGAAUGCUUCAAUUGUACAGCAGGAAAGUAUUGCGGAGAAGACGGUCUCACUAAACCAUCAGGAGACUGUUAUGGUGGAUUCUUUUGUACUAGUGGCGCUUCGACACCAUCGCCAACUGAUGGAAUAACUGGGAAUAAAUGCAGUGCUGGACAUUAUUGUCCUAAUGGUACAGCCGUCGAGAAAGCAUGUUUACCAGGAACUUACACAACUCAAACACAAGCAUAUGAAUGUUUAGCAUGCCCAAGCGGUAAAUAUUGUGUUGAUGGUUUAGUACCUGCUGAUUGUCCGGAGGGAUUCUUUUGCCCUAGUAACACCGGUUAUAAUUGGAAGAGCUGUCCUACAGGAACAUUUAGCAAUCAACGUGGAUUACUUAACGAUUCUCAAUGUGAAAGUUGUACCGCCGGUAAUUACUGCGACAAGCUCAAUGCCACCGCACCAAGUGGUAGCUGUGAUUCUGGCUACUUUUGUAAAUCUGGUUCCGACACCAAAACUCCAGAUGGCGUAACAAAUAAGGGAAAUGCAGGUAUAUGCCCACCUGGCUCAUAUUGUCUAGCUUCCACUAGCCAGCCUCAGCCCUGUCCGAUGGGUACAUACUCGAAUAAAAGUGUCUUAACUCAUGUUGAUAACUGUACACUGUGUUCAUAUGGUAAAUACUGUGGUGAAACUGGAUUGACUAAACCUAGCGGUGAUUGUUGGGGAGGAUUCUACUGUCUGCUAGGAGCUAAGUAUCCUAAUAAUCCUAAUGAAGAUAGCACUGGUGGCCCAUGCCCAAUUGGACGUUACUGCUUUAAUGGUACAUCACGUCCUCUUGGAUGUGCGGCUGGCACGUACAAUAAUUUAACCGGGCAGUCAGACUGUACUACUUGUCCGGCUGGCUAUUAUUGCUUAGAAAAUUCUACUACGUAUGAAAAUACUCCAUGUCCAGAAGGUUAUUAUUGCUUAGAGGGCACGAAAGAACCGUACCAAUAUGGUUGUCCUAAAGGUUAUUAUAAUAGCUAUAAGAUGAAGACUGAUGCUUCAGGAUGUACUCCAUGUGAUCCUGGUAAGGUAUGUCCAACAGAGGGCUUGACAGCUCCAACCCAAAAUUGUAGCGCUGGGUGGUUCUGCAUACGAGGGGCCUGGUCUACUACUCCUGCCGAUCUUGGAUCUUCUAAUAGUACUGGAUGUUUCUGCUCUAAUUCAACAACUGGCGGUCAAUGCGAAAUAGGGUAUUACUGCCCAGCUGGAUCUAAUCAAAUGAUACCAUGUAGUUCAGGCUAUUACUGCGACAAGGUAGGUCUAACACAACCGACGGGAAAAUGUAAAGAAGGCUACUUCUGUAUACAAGGUGCUACCGUUGCAGAUCCUACAGAUAAGAUCACUGGAGAUGUUUGUCCACUUGGCCACUAUUGUCCAGAUGGAACACUAGUACCUGUUAAAUGUGGACCUGGUACUUUCUCUAACACAACAGGCAAUACUAAUUCAUCUGGUUGUCAGUUAUGUCCAGCAGGAAAAUAUUGCCCAGGCAGUGGAAACGCGGAACCUUUUGGUGAUUGUAGUGGCGGCUAUUACUGCCCAGCUGGCCAAUCUACUGCCACUCCCUCAGAUUAUCAAUGCCAACCAGGAGGCUAUUGUACAGCUGGAUCAGCUAAUCAAAUUCCUUGCUCUCCAGGAACCUAUCAAAAUGAAAUGGCCCAAAUAUCUUGUAAAUCUUGCCCGACAGGUUACUACUGUGAUGGAUUUGUUCUAAAUGCGACUCAUUGUACGCACGGUGUCCAAUUUCCAACGAUAUGUCCUACCGGUAGUUUCUGCCCUGUUGGAACUAGAUUUGGUGAUGAAUUUAAAUGUCCUAAAGGUACAUAUAAUAAUCUAACAGGUCUACAGCUACAAAGCGAAUGUCAACCAUGUCAACCUGGUAAAUACUGUGGUACAGCAGGAUUAUCAACAUGGACCGGUGAUUGUAAUGCUGGUUAUUAUUGCUUACAAAAUGCUUCAACUCCAGAGCCUACCGAUGGGAUCACGGGAUCUAAAUGCCCUGUUGGUAACUAUUGUCCUAAAGGUGCUACAUCACCGAAAGGAUGCCCAUCAGGAACUUAUAAUCCAACGGAAGGAUUAGCCGAUGUGACACAAUGUAAAUCUUGCGAUCCGGGAAGUUAUUGUGGUAGUUCUGGACAAUCUGUGACAUCAGGCAACUGUACUGCAGGAUUUUACUGCCUUGGCAAUGCUACCGUUGGUAAUCCAAUAGAUGGCAUUACUGGUGGUAUAUGUUGGCGUGGACAUUACUGCCCGCCUGGUAGUUCUUCUCCAGUCCCAUGUAACCAUGGUUAUUAUUCUAACGUAACACAGAGUAAAGAAUGCAAUAUCUGUCCUGCAGGUUACCUAUGUACAACUGGUACCGAUCCUGAAAUUUGCCCCACCGGAUUCUACUGCCCUGAAGGUACCGGUAUAAAUCCACGACCGUGUCCACCUGGAACGUUCAACCCUAAUAAAGGUAUUAAAGAUGUAUCUGAGUGUACUAGUUGUUCCGGUGGUUACUACUGUUCAAGUUUCAAUGGUAGUUUCGAGACUGGAAAGUGUUCAGCAGGUUAUUUCUGUGCUAAUGGAUCUAAUACAAAUCAACCAAAUGAAUUUACUCUUGGUAAAGGAGGUAUAUGUCCAGCUGGUUAUUAUUGUGAAUUAGGUACGCAAGAUCCAAAUCCAUGCCCUAGUGGUACAUUUUCUAAUAAAACCGGAUUAACAGCAUUAAACCAAUGUGAUUCAUGUUAUGGAGGCUAUUAUUGUAAUAUACCAGGCCUAACUAGUCCUUCUGGUAAAUGUAGUCCAGGUUAUUACUGUGUAUCUAAUGCGAAUGAAAGUGCUCCCUCGUCUAUUUCUUCAACCGGUGGCCCAUGUCCAGCUGGUUAUCACUGUCCUGAAGGUUCAACGCUACCGUUAUCUUGCAACGGUGGAACGUAUAGUCCAACGAUAGCUCAAAGCAGUUGUCAGAACUGCCUAGCCGGUUAUUACUGUCCAGUAAAUGCCACUGCUAAAAUCGUAUGUCCUUUGGGACACUACUGUCCAGCUUUUUCAAUUGAAGCUCAGCCGUGUCCUGUUGGAUAUUAUUCGCCUGUUCAAUACGCUAACAGCAGCCAAGAUUGUGUACCAUGCGGACCUGGUCAGUAUUGUAAUGAUACUGGGCUAGCUGCACCGACAGGUUUAUGUGCUCCUGGCUAUUAUUGCUCUGGAGGAUCUCCAACCAAUAAGCCUGCGCCUGCAAACAAUAUCACUCACGAAGGCUCAUGCAUGUGUCCUGCUCAGGUUGUAGGUGGACGUUGCGUUGCUGGUAAUUACUGUCCUCAAGGUAGUGAUCGACCGUUGCCUUGCGAUCCUGGAUUUUAUUGCGCGUACGAUGGUCUUUCAAGUGUUAGUGGAUCUUGUACUGCUGGUUAUUACUGUAAUGGAAGUACAAUCGAAGAUCGUCCCGUUAACAAAGUAUACGGAAGUCAUUGCCCAUCUGGUCAUUAUUGCCCUCAACAAAGUUCCUCGCCAACACCUUGUAACCCAGGCUAUUACUCACCUAACACGCAUAAUCAAAAUGCAAGUAAUUGCUUACUGUGUACAGCUGGUUACUACUGUUCAGGUUAUGGACAAUCUCAAACUACAGACCAAUGUGAUGUUGGCUACUAUUGUCCAGAAGGUGAAUCUGUUAGUCAACCUCCUGGCAAACAUUGUUUACCAGGUCAUAAAUGCCCAAAAGGAAGUGCUAACCAGACACCAUGUCCUUCCGGUUCAUAUCAAGCCUUCGCCGGUCAAGGUAACUGCACUGUUUGUCCUGAUGGAUAUUAUUGCGAUGCUACAGUUGCUGUGCUUGAAAAGCAGAGCGGUCCUUCCAGUUUAACGCAUGGAGUUGUCACGCCAGCUAUUUGCCCUGUUGGUUAUUAUUGUCCGGAGGGAACAAAGUCUAGUUAUGAAAAUGCUUGUCCAGCUGGCACUUACAGUAAUAAAACAAGUAUUAAAACUAAGCACGAAUGCCUGUCGUGUACUCCUGGAUACUAUUGUGCUGGUACAGCCAAUACAGAACCAGACGGUAAAUGCUAUGCCGGUUAUUAUUGUGCCAUGAAUGCAACUUCACCGUCACCAACAGAAGGACUCACUGGUGAUAUUUGCCCACAAGGUUCAUACUGUCCGUUAGGAUCUUCUUGGCCUACACCAUGUCCUAGUGGUACCUAUGGUGCUAGUCUAGGUUUAACCCAAGUUACCCAAUGUACAGAUUGUCCACCAGGAAUGGCCUGUCAAACGCCAGGACUCAUACAACCAUCUAGUUCUUGUCAAUCAGGAUACUACUGUAUACUAAAAGCAAUUUUACCAAACCCACUUGGCGAAUCCUACGGUAGUAUUUGCCCACCUGGAGCUUAUUGUCCAAUAAAUAGCAGUGCGCCAACAUUAUGUCCACCGGGUACAUAUCAACCACUACAGAUGCAACCUGCCUUGUCUAAUUGCUUAAGUUGCGAUCCAGGUUACUACUGCCAAGGAUAUGGAAAUAUUAACAUGACAGAUAAGUGUAGUGAAGGGCACUAUUGUGAUGGCAAUGCAUCAGUUGCUGCACCACCGGAUAAAGUAUGUCCGAUUGGUACGUUCUGCAAGUUAGGAUCUCCAAUUUUCCAACAUUGUCCAAACGGAACCUAUAUGAACUAUACUGGAGCUUCAUCAUGUAUCACUUGCCCGGCUGGAUCCUAUUGCGUCAGCCGAGAUCGACCUGAUCCAUGUCCACUCGGAUAUUAUUGCCCAACUGGAACAGGAGCAGAUUUUAAGCCUUGUCCUCCAGGUACAUUUGGUGCCAAGACUGGUUUGACUGCUGUAUCUGAAUGUGCCCAAUGCCCUGCGGGAAAAUACUGCUUACACGCUGGCGCCACCAAUUACACGGGUGAUUGUGCAGCUGGCUACUAUUGCACAUCAGGUGUCAAUAUGUUCGUUCCAAGUGGUGCUCAUACUGGUAUAGCUGGUGAAUGUCCGGUAGGUCAUUUUUGCCCGAUAGGCUCUGCAAAGCCGUUGGGUUGCAGUGCUGGUACAUAUAACAGUUUGAAGAAUCAAGCGCAGUGCCUCACAUGUCCGUCUGGUUAUUAUUGUCCUGAAAAUUCGACAAGUCAUACAGAUUAUCCGUGCCCCGCUGGAAGAUAUUGUCCAGCAGGUACGACAGACCCAAAUCAAUAUUUAUGUCCUAGAGGUUCAUACAAUCCAUAUGCAGGCAAGAAUAGCAUUAGUGAUUGCUUAAUGUGCCCUCCCGGUAAAUACUGUGAACAAGAUGGUCUAUCACAACCAACUGGAAAUUGUAGUGCUGGCUAUUAUUGUAAUGGAUGGUCGUACCAAUCUACGCCAAUUCAAUAUUCUAACGCAACAGAUAUUUCACAAUGUUCUUGUCCAACCACAAAUUACACCGGAGGAAGAUGUUGGCCUGGUACGUAUUGCCCUGAAGGUAGUGGAUAUCCUAAAGCUUGUGAUCCAGGUUUUUACUGUUUUAGUGCUGGAUUAGGUACACCAACUGGCCCUUGUGAUGCUGGUUAUCAUUGUAGUGGUGGUAGUACAAUAUCGAAUCCUGUUGUGUGCCCGAAAGGAUUCUAUUGUGAGCAAGGUACGGGUGCCCCUAUAGCUUGUCCAGCGGGAUAUUUCAGUAAUACCACUGGAAAUACUGCAGCAGCGGAUUGUGAAUUGUGUCUACCAGGACAAUAUUGCAGCGGCGUCAGUGCAGUUUUACCGUCAGGAAAUUGUAGCGCGGGAUAUUACUGCCCUGGUGGUCAAAAUACAUCUAAACCAGUUGACUAUGUAUGCGGUGAAGGCUACUAUUGUCCGGAAGGAUCAAGCACACAAUUAGCAUGUUUACCAGGUUCUUACCAAGAUGAAGUUGGGCAAGGAACUUGUAAGUCCUGUCCUGCUGGUUACUUUUGCGAUGCUGAUGAAGUACAAGCACAAUGCUCGGGAUCUAGUCACGGCGUUAAAGUUCCUACUAUUUGCCCACUCGGCUAUUAUUGCUUGCCAGGUACAUCUAGAAAUAUCUCUAAUCCAUGUCCUGCUGGAACUUUUGGAGCAAUUACUGGGGCUAAAUCAACUGGUGAUUGCCAUUCCUGCCCAGCCGGUAAAUUCUGUAAUGGUGAUGCUCUAACUACUCCAUCGGGUGACUGUGAUGCAGGCUAUUACUGUGCAAGCGGAGCAAAUAGUUCGAAACCAAUUAUUGCAUCAGGACUGCCGGAAUACAAUGAUACAACAACAUUAGCUACAGUAUAUUAUAAUGAUCUCUGUCCAAUAGGCUAUUAUUGUCCAGCAGGUACUAUCAUUCCUAUACCAUGUCCAGCUGGUACAUUCUCUGCUGUGAAACGUCUCAAGGCUAAAGAAGAGUGUUCGCCAUGUCCAGCUGGACAAUACUGCAAAGCGCCAGGUUUGAUUGACGUUACUACUGCUCCUAAUUGUAAUGCAGGAUAUAUCUGUUCUGGUAAUUCUGUAACUGGUACACCUACUUCAAAUAAUGGAGGAUACGAAUGUCCUCGUGGUUAUUAUUGUCCGUCUGGUGCGGUACGACCUCAAAGUUGUCCACCGGGUACAUAUCAAAGCAGCCCAGGAAACGAUACAUGUAUCCCAUGUCCUGCUUCUUAUCAGUGCGAUCAAGAAAAUGUAACUGAUCCUAUAAAAUGUAUUAAAGGUCACUACUGCCCAGCAGGUGUUGCAACACCAAUAGCAUGUCCUAAUGGAACGUUCCGUAAUCAAGAUGGUGCAGCUAGUGUUAGUGAUUGCCAACCGUGUUCUACGGGAAAAUUCUGUUCUGGAACCGGAAAUAUCGUUGAAAGUGGGGAUUGCGACGCUGGCUUUUACUGUGUGGAAGGAGCUAGUUCGCCUGUGCCUGAAAGUGAUGUAAAGAAUAAUGGCCCAUGUCCAGCUGGUAAAUAUUGCUCAGUAGGAACGACUUCGCCUACACCUUGUCCUCCUGGCCGAUAUAGAAAUACAACUGGUGCAGCAGAUGUGGAUGAUUGCUAUGGUUGUGAACCAGGAUAUUAUUGUGCUACCCCUGGAUUGACCACUCCAACAGGUCAAUGCGAUGCUGGGUACUACUGUCCUCCGUUAUAUAAUGCUACUAUUCCUACUCCACCUGAUAGGGUAUGUCCAAUUGGUUCCUUCUGUGUUAAAGGAUCAGCCUUACCUACAACUUGUGCAGGUGGAUCCUAUCAGCCCGUAGCCGGAAAAGGCUACUGUGAUCUAUGUAAAGAAGGUUACUAUUGCGCCUCUGGUCUAGGCUCUGAAGCGGCUUGCCCUCCUCAUAAUUAUUGUCCAGCUGGUUCACAAUAUCCAACUCUAUGUCCAAAUGGUACAUAUACAGAUUCUACUACAACAUUAUUAACAUCAGUGUCUGGAUGUAAACCAUGUCCAACUGGUAAAUUCUGUAGAAUCGGUAGAAUUACAGCAUCCUGUAGUGCUGGCUAUUAUUGCUUAAGUGGUAGCCCAGUACCUGCACCGGAAGAUUAUAACACAACUGAUUCAAACUUUUGCACAAGUGAUAUUAAGGCAGGCCCAUGUUCAGCGGGCCAGUACUGCGAAGAGGGUACAAUAGUUGAAAAGCCAUGUCCAGAGAAUACUAUCAGAACGAUACCUGGUGGUUCAACCGUAGCUGAUUGUUUAGCUUGUCCAAUCGGUAAGAAAUGUUAUGCGGGUAAUCCAAUACCUGAUGAUUGUCCUACUGGCAAUUAUUGUCCUGGUGGUGCCCCAGUAAAAUGUCCUUAUGGUACAUAUCGAAAUACAGUUGGAGGAGCAUCAGCAGCUGACUGUUUCCCGUGUCCUGCCGGUGCUCAUUGUAAUGAUACCGGUAUCAGCGAUUAUAACAAAGUUCCCUGCCCACCUGGCUUCUACUGUCCCAAUGGCACAUACCUUGUCAGUUGUGGUGCAGGCUUCAUGAGACCAAAUUCUGGAGCUGCUAGAAAAGAAGAUUGUGUGGUAUGCUUAGAAGGUUACUAUUGCCCUGAUAAUAGAACAAAUGUAUAUGGUAUUCCUUGUGAUGCAGGAUUUAAUUGCCCUCUCGGUUCUGUUGGUCCAACUCCAUGUGAGCCUGGAACUUAUUGUCCUGGUCAAUCUAAUGCAGCCAUUGUUUGUCCAGCUGGUUACUACUGCCCUGCUGGAUCUGCAGAUUAUAAAACAAGGCCAUGCAAUUUCCGUUAUUUCUGCCCUGAAGGCAGCGCAGCUCCUCUAACUUGUGAUUUAGGAUACCAAGCAUUAAACACUUCUGGAUUAAGAAUUGAUAAUGACACUACUUGUGAAAUUUGCCCAGCUGGUUAUUACAAUAAUGCUCCAGGAGCACAAGAUUGUCUGCUAUGUCCUGGUGGCUAUUAUUGUCCUCAAGGUUCUACCAAUGGAUAUAGGAAUCCAUGUGUUGCCGGUACAUAUUGUCCUGCUGGAUCAAGUGCGGCUACACUGUGUCCAAUUGGUACAUAUGGUAACUUCACUAAGGCUAGCAACGAUACGGAUUGUUUCCCAUGCCAACAGAAUACAUUCAACAAUCUACUAGGACAAACGGCAUGUAGACCAUGCGGCCGAAGUGCUACUGCUUUAAACACUGGUUCUAUCACGUGUUCAUGUAUUGGUAGUUUCAGAAGUUUCCAACCAACAACCGGAUUGUGUGUAUGUGAAGAUGGUUAUGUCUUCUAUGAUGCUAAUGGUAACAAACAAUCUAAUGUAGACAGUGACAAAUCUUGCCAGGAAGAUGUAGUUCAAGAAUGUACUGCGAAUCAAGUUCGUUUAGCUAGUACUAAACAAUGUGUUCCUAGCACAGGAUAUGAUUGUGGUCCUAGUUGUCCUAACAGUAAUGGUACAUUGGACGCUGAAUUAGGUGUUUGCCAGUGUAAUAGUUAUACAGAACCAUCAGAAAUUUGUUCGCAAGCAUGUGAAGCACAAAGUCCUACCACCCAAAUUGUCACUACAAAUGGUCAGACGCAAAUUCUUGUUAAGAACAAACAAACUAAUAACGUUGAACAGACCGUGUCAGUUCCUAAUCUAUUUGGUCUAAAUCAGAAUCUUAAUGAAGCAGCUCAGGUUCAUUUUGUUGAUGUUAGUGCACAAAGUAUGAGUGGCUUAAUUGUUACACAAAAUAAUCAGGUACCAGAUAUUGUCGGUUCACAACCUAGUGCUAAACGUCGUCGAUUGUUAGCUACAUCCUCAGCGCCAGGAAUAAGUAAUCCAAUCAUGUGUAUUAAAACUAACGAAGUUAUCUUGUUCAAGAUAGCUUUAAAUCAAGCCAAUAGAUCACUAAGUCAUUAUCCUCAGUAUCAGAAAGAGCACGUUUUCAACACCAAUACUAAAUUUGAUUAUGGCCCAUUCACUGACUUGGAAUACUACGUUUUAAAUACCAACAUUACAAUUAGAAAUUUUGCUUAUAUGUUUACUCAAAAAGGUGUUUAUGUCUUCGUCGAUGCACAAUCGUCAUCAUCGCAAUUAAUUGUAAGAACUAUUGCCACUGGUGAAAAUUGUGGCUCAACCGGCUCAACGGUUGUACCAUCAUCUCCAACUCAAAUAAAUAGGCAAGGUAUUGGCGAAAAGAAGGCAUUAAAUGUUGCACCAAAUUGGCCUUUAAUAUUUGGUCUAUUAGGUUUAAUAGGUGCUUUAGUGUUACUACUAGUUAUUGUUGUUAUUGCUUGGAAACCGAAAGAAGCUGGAUUUUAUUCUCGUAAGACACUUCGACCACGUUAUAAGAAUUUAGGAGCACCUAUUCCACCAAACAAUCCAGGUACUCAAAUCAUGCCACGCCAAGAAGCUGUAACUAAAGAAGAAUUCUUGUUAGGCCCGCGAGCUUUAGGAGAAGGGCUAGAGAAUCAAUUAGAAGAGGUUGCAGGGGGUGAAGCUGUUGUACCUAAAGCAAUUGCCGCUAAUGAAUUCGAGUUAGAGAAUUUCAGUGUUCGUACUUUAUUUGACAAAUUGGAAGAUCAAAAUGUCCAUUGUGCAUCACAGUUACAUCGUCAUCAAGCUGAUUUACGCGAUUUCUACGAGAGGAUGAAUCAACAGAAUGAAGCAUUAAAGGGUAUGGUAUCUAAUCUUGAUGUUAGUGUAUUACAAAAGGCUGCAAAUGCAUCAACAUCAGAGGAUAAUGCUGAAGGUGGUGCCGACGAAUCUGCUAAGGUUAAGGGACCAACAUUCAAUAUAGAAAAUAAGCAUUAUACUCUAACUGGUGGUAUAAAUGCACGUGAACAGGACUUAAUUUCAACAUUACAAAAGCUAUUAGACCAUAUCACAAAUCCUCAGAUUAUACAAACAAACGCCGUUGUCCAACGAUCAACGAGCCAGGAUGCAGCGCAAGCUAAUAACGUCAUUUGGAAAAUGCAUGAUCAUACCGAUUUAAUUAGGCGUCAAGCCGCUGAAAAGAUACAAUUAGAAAAAGAUUUGCAAGCUGAAGAGCAGGAAGCUAUUAAAGCAUUAGUAAUAGAACAAGAAACAAAGCGGUCAGAUACGAUUAAACGUCUUAAUGAGAAAUUAGCUGCCCAAAUAUCACCGGAUAUGUCUGAUGAAGAAGUACAACAGUUACUUGCUGCCCAUGAGAAAGAGGUAGAAUCAAUUACAGCGCAACUUGAUGCAGAAAAGGAUCGACAAAAGAAUGAUUUAAGAGAGCGAUUAGCUAAAAGGCGUAAAGAUAAACAACGCGCAUUAGCAGAUGCUCAUCGAGCACAAGCACGUAAAGCUGGACUGGACACUAUUAUCGAAGAAGAGUCAGAAGGUGACAUUGAAGAUGAUAUUAAAGCAAAAGAAGCUCAAUACGAUAUGAUUUUACAAGAAGAAAAUCUGGAAGCUGCUAAAGAACUAAGUGAAAAUUCUAAUCAAACGAUGGAAAAUCUUGGUAAAACUAUGAAUAACAAGUUGGCGAAGAACUUGGAGUCCUUAUCUCAAGGUGGUAUUAUAACACCAGAGGAAACUGAGGCAUUGUUAUGUGAGAUGGAGACUCAGCAAAAGAAUAUCAAUGAUGGUAUCCAACAUAGGCGCAAUUUACAACGCGAUGGUAUGAAGAGACGAUUAGAGGAUCGUCGUAAGCGAAGAUUAAAUAAACUAGCAGACAAACAUGCUGAAGAAGUCGAAGAAGCUAAACACAACGGUGAUAAUAUUGAUAAAUUGUUAGAAAGACAACGGCAAGAAGCUAAUGCCCUGGAAGCACGAUUAAAAGCUGAAGAAGCUGAAGAAGAACUUGAGAUGAAUAAAAAACUAAAUGAAGAAGCUAUCAAUUCACUCAAACAAGCUAAUAAAGAUAUAUUGGAACGUGUUGCUCGCUCUAAAGGGCUUGAUGAAGAAAUGCGAGAUCGCUUAGUUGAUGAAUACCGUGAUUACACGAAAGCAUUAGAAGAUGAACAAUCAGCUCAGCGUAGUGCGAAACAAGCAGACAUUAAAGAGCGGCUUGUCAAUAGGCGAAUGAAAAGAUUAGAAGCCGCGCAAAAGAAUCUACAGGAGGAAAAAGUGAAAGAUGUAGAGAAAGAACGUGAUAAAUUACUUGAAGAGGUAACUCCGACGUCAGGAAACAAUGAUGGGCAAAUCUUAAUUCCUGAAGUUGCUGUCGUAGCUCAAUCCUCCGAAGAGACUGCCUUGAAACAAGAGCAAGAACGAGUUCUCGAAGAUUUACGAAUGCGACAAAAAGAUGAUCUUGAAAGUUUCACACAACGUAUUGAGCGCGAUUCAAAGGAAGAUGAAAGUAAACUUGCACAAAAAUUAGAAAAUAGUAAGCAAAAGAAAGUACGCGAAAUGAAGAACAAACAAGCUGCUGAACUUGCCGCUCGCGGUAAUAGUAUGUCGACUGAUGAAACAGCAGCAUUAAUGGCAUCACAUCAACGUGAGUUAGCUGAAUUAGAGAAUAAACUUGAUCAGGAUAAGCACCGUCAAAAACUAGCAUUAAAAGAGAAAUUACGUAAAAGGAAAAAGAAUAAGCAACAAGAAUUUGUUGAUAAACAGGAACAAGAAUUGGAAAAAGAGACGCUUGAACAAGAGAAAGAACUUUCUGAAGUUCGCAAAAAGAACGUUAAGGAGGCUGAAAAACAGGCCAUGAUCGCUGGUAUACAACAAAACGGCGUCGAAGCUGGUGAUUUAAUCGUACGUAGAGUAUUAGAACAACGUCACGCUGAUGAAAUGAAAGCCUUAGAGAAACAGUUUGAAGCCGAACGUAAAAAGAGCGUCGACGAUGCGUUAACGGUAUUAUUAAAGAAACAGGCAGCAGAACGUGAAGCAAUGUUAGCAAAACAUCAGAGCGAAUUGGAAGAUCUUGAAAACUCUGAUUUAGCACCAGAUGAAUUAGAACAGCAGAAAUCGAACUUAUUAAAUAAACAGCAAUUAGAGUUGAGCAAAUUGGAGCAAAAGCAUGAAGAUCAACGUAAACGAUUAGAACGUAGUACAUUAACUGAUUUAGAAGUCAAGUUUGCCAAUGAAAAACUGAAAUUGAAAGAACAACAGUAUAAGGAAUAUGCUGACGCAUUAAGUCAGUUAACACCAGAACAAGAUGCUGCUGUUAAAGUUGAAAAGGCCAAAGUAGCUGCACAAGAUUUAGAUAAUUUGCGGAAAAAACUGGAAGUACAACGUCAAGAACAAGAAGAAAAAUUGAAGCAAGAACGUAAUGCGUUUGAGACUCAGGCAGAAGAUGAUCUUGCUAAAGCAAUUAAAGACUUCGAUAAACAAUUAGAGAAAGAAAUGGACUUACAGAAACAAAAGUUAAAGCAAGAUAUUGAAGAAUUGGACGCUCGGAAAACUAAAGCAAUAGAGGAAAAGAAAGAACAAGCUAAACAAGAAUUGGAAGCGAAGCAGAAAUCUGGUAGUAGUAAGGAAGAAUUGCAGCGCUUAACUGAUCAACAUGAAAAAGAUUUACUAGCGUUACAAAACAAAUUGGAUGCUGACCGUAUGCGCAUGGAAAGUAGUUUGCAAGAGAAGUUACGUAAGCGCAAAGAAGCUGCUCGCAAAAAGAAGGUUCAAGACGUUGAAGCCGCAUUAGAUGAAAGUAAGAGAGAGCACGAAGAAGAAUUGCAUAAACAAGAAGAAGAAAUUAAGAAGGCGGAAGUAGAAGCGUUGUCAGAGGUAUUACACAAAGCUGCUAAGGAGAAUGAAUCAUUGCAACAAACAAUUCCAGGACAGACGACGUCUCAAGCACAGUUAUCAUCAGUCAUAUCAGGCCAGCAAGCAUUGUCUACAGCUAUGCCCGCAUCAUUCCAAAUGGCAGCCCCACUGUUAGAUAACGAGUUGAGUAAUCUUUUAGUAGGGUCACCACUAUACGCUAAAUUAGAUGAAAUACGCAGCCUUAUACGUGAAGGUCCAAAAUCAGAUAACGAGGCAAAUAAUGACAGUGGCUACAUUGAUCCUAAAGAUGCUACGUGGAUUAAUGAUACAGCUUUGAUCCCUCUAGACAUUCAGAAAUUAAACUCUCGCCUGUUUAUUGUCUACAAAUUUGGACAAUUUAUUUCCGAUUUGCUUUCAAUAGAAUGCCAGCAUCCAACAGUCACCCUGUUAAUUGCUGAAAAGAUUCCACCCAAUAAUCACUUACAUCAUAAUGCUUAUCGUAAUUCUUUCUAUUAUGAUUCACAUAAUCGCUUCUUAUACAUCAGAGUUGAGCGAUUAGAGAAUGUUGGAGAAUUUGUACUCGUUUUAACCCACAUUUUAUCCCAUAUUAAGUGUGGUGAUAUGAUCAAUGACAAUAAUCCAGGAUUUGCUGCUAAAUUUUAUGCUGGUUUGUCAGUUUUGUGUGAUGACCUCUUCUUCUCGCGCUACAAGACUUCAACAGCUGUAACUAGUCAAGAUCGAAAAGGACUACAUUUACUGCAAGUUUUAUUUGGUAGUGCUUCGAACCAUGCUGACAAAGUCAAUGUUGUCGAUAAUCUGUUAGAUAUGAAAUUGAAACGAGGCAAUGAUGAAGCUGCGUUUUCUAAAGAACAAUUGCGAUCGCGAUUAUCACAAUAUUCAGAUUUCACAGUUAGUUCUAAAUUACAUGAAUACCUUGGCUCUAUACAUGAUCGACUAAGUUUAGCCCGUGAACAUGGUAUCGAGGACUAUGUCGAUAAAAAACUGAUGGAAAUCAAAGCUAUUGAUAAUUCUGAUACUACAUAUCAUUCUCAUGCUGUGACUGCAACACCGGCUACUGGUAAAAACAUGAUUAGACAAUUGACUCGAACACAAUCCAAAUUGUCUUCAAAUGGACAUAUCGGACGAAAUGCUGCUUAUGAAAUCUCUGGAGCUAAGACCCCACAAGUGGCACCUGCAGCUACUGAUGCAGAAUCAUAUCAGCGAUUUAUGCAGAUACAAAUCAGCGAUUUGGAAGAACGUAUUGACAACGUAUCGCAAGAGUUUAGUGAUAUAGCACGAGAAGUUAUUGAUACUUCUUCAUUAAUGACGUCAUUGGAGGAAGAACGAAAUGCUCAAAUUGAUUACUUGAAGACCAUACCAGAGUCAAGCUCAGCUUAUAAGAAAAAAUCGAGAGAAUUGAAGGAUACCACUGCUAAAUUGGUCGAUGCAAAAUUGCGUUUACAAGCUGCAUCGAUUAAAAAGGAGCAACAUCAAACUAAACUUGAAGAACUACAACAGCAAUUAAUGGAGAAAAAUCAACAACUAUCUAAGAAAUCGUAA